GGAGGGGCGUAGAAAGGAGGCCAUAUUGUACAGUUAAAUUGAAAGAACGAAAAUAAUUAUAUCAUCGUAUAGUCGUGCUUGUCUCGUUUCAUAUUUUUUCUACCGUACAUAUCCACGUAGGUAUUGUGCGUACGCCGUGAGUAGAUAAACAGUGCGCAAAGUCUAUUUGGUUGCUUCGACAAUUUCAUUUUUGUAAAUAACUACAAGUUGUAGUAGUGUGUUCCGAUAUCUAGGUACCGUCCGUCAGUCUACUAAAGGGGUUUAUUGCUCCAGACGAGAUGGGCACUCGGGAUGACGAAUAUGAUUAUUUAUUUAAAGUUGUUCUUAUUGGUGAUUCUGGUGUAGGAAAAAGUAAUCUUUUGUCAAGAUUUACAAGAAAUGAAUUCAACUUGGAAUCAAAGUCGACUAUAGGAGUUGAAUUUGCUACGCGUAGUAUACAAGUAGAUGGAAAAACUAUUAAAGCUCAGAUCUGGGACACAGCAGGACAAGAGCGUUAUCGCGCUAUUACAUCUGCGUACUAUCGUGGUGCGGUUGGGGCUCUGCUGGUGUACGAUAUCGCGAAGCAUUUGACUUACGAAAAUGUGGAGAGAUGGUUGCGAGAAUUGCGGGACCAUGCUGAUCAAAACAUCGUUAUUAUGUUGGUGGGAAAUAAAUCUGACUUAAGGCAUCUACGUGCGGUUCCAACAGACGAGGCGAAAGCGUUCGCGGAGAGAAACGGCCUCUCUUUUAUUGAAACUUCUGCUUUAGAUUCUACAAAUGUUGAGACAGCAUUUCAAAAUAUAUUAACAGAAAUCUACAGAAUCGUAUCGCAGAAGCAGAUACGCGACCCACCCGAAGGUGAUACAAUCCGGCCACAAAACGUAGAACCCAUCGACGUGAAGCCAACAAUGAACUCAGAGGGAAUGCGCAAACAGUGCUGCCAGUGACUCACCUUGCUGCUUAAAAUAAGGACAUACAAAGAGGCAGAGGGAAAAAGAAAAGUGGUCGACGGUAAACGUAACAGGUGCAAACAGUACAAGAAUCAAGACUAUUUACGAAUAUAAGUAUACACUGAUUACUGGUUUCCCAAAUAAUCCGGCGUUCUGGAUGCAAAAUAGACUGUUCUUUGGCUCCGUUAUUUUAUGGAAGCGGAUAUUAAUAGUAGUACUUAAAAGAAAACAUCUGUACAAUUUUGCCCUCAACAGUCGCUUCAAUUCAAUUGAAACAUAUUACUAUUACUGCUGUUAUUAGUAUUGCUACUACUAAUAUUACUACUACUAUUACUAUUACUAUUAUUAUUAUUAUCACCACUAUUAGUAUCAACGUCGCCACCAUCAGUAUCAUUAAAUCAGCCUUUUUUGACCAUGGAGCAAACAAAUUUUUGUUAUUAUUUGUAUGCUUUAGUUGAAAAUGUAAUAGGAAAGAUUGUUAUCAUAGACUCCUCAAGUUCCUUCGGAUUAUUUGGGAAAUGAAUGAUGAGAAUCGGGGAAAAUCUAACGACACGUAUAUACAAUAGCUGGAUACGUUGGAGUAAAGAAUACCAUAGACACGAUCAUACAACCCAAAAAUACAUCAUCAGAAAUAUUUACGAAGGACGAAGAUAUGCAUAUGCACUAAUUUUGUCCCCGAAAUUCAUCCUGCCUCUCUCCCUUCCUCUCUAAUCUCUCGCCACUAUCUUUAUCUCUGAUAUGUUACAAUAAGUCAGUGUUGUAUUACUGCUUCUUUAUAAUACAUAUGUUAUUCUACUUGA